UGCCCCGCGCUGGGGAUGGGUGGGGGAGGGGGAGGCGCGUCCCCGUGCGCGUCCCCGCGGCCGUGGCCGGUGCCCGGCGCGUGCCCGGCGCCAUGACGCUGUUCCACUUCGGGAACUGCUUCGCCCUGGCUUACUUCCCCUACUUCAUCACCUACAAGUGCAGCGGGCUCUCGGAGUACAGCGCCUUCUGGCGCUGUGUGCAGGCGGGAGCCACCUACCUGCUGGUGCAGCUGGGGAAGAUGCUGUUCCUGGCCACCUUCUUCCCCACCUGGGAGGGUCCCUCGGGCGGCUACGACCUGGUGGGGGAGUUCCUGAAGGCCACGGUGGAUGUGGCCGACCUGGGGGGGCUGCAGCUGGCGCUGGGCCGGGGCGCGGGGAAGGGGGAGCACCGCAUCCUGGUGGCCGCCAUGGGCUGGGCCACGGCCGAGCUGCUCACGUCCCGCUGCGUCCCGCUGUGGGUGGGGGCGCGUGGCAUCGAGUUCGACUGGCGCCACGUGCAGAUGGGGCUGGACUCCAACAUCAGCCUGGUGCGCCACGUGGCGGCAGCGGCGCUGCUCUGGGCCUCGGGGCGCCACGACCUCCCCCCCCGCCUGCGCCUGCCCCUGGGGGGGCUCCUGGUGGCCGCCGCCUAUGAGGGCUUCCUCACCGGGUGGGCAGGGCAGGCGCUGGCACUGGGGCCCUGGGGGGCGCUGGGGGUGCGGGCGCUGGGGGCAGCGGCGCUGGGGCUGGGGGCACUGCGGCUGCUGGUGCCCCUCCUGCCCCCCCCCUGA